AUGGACCUUGUUGACAACAAUCUCCAUAGAAGCAUACCUAAAUGUAUCAAUAAUUUUAGUGUGAUGGUGACAAUAUACCCUGUUCCAAGUAACAUAGGAUACUUCACUAUUUAUUGCAACGACAAUUUGCUUGGUGGUCUAUUUGAGGAUGCAAUUGUUUCGAUGAAAGGAAAACUGAUGAAAUACAAUACCAUUUUAAAUUUGGUGAGAAGCAUUGACUUAUCAAACAAUAAGUUCAUUAGAAAAAUUCCGAUAGAAGUGACAGAGUUUAAAGCAUUGCAAUCACUGAAUUUAUCUCACAAUUUCUUAACCGGCAAAAUUCCUGAGAAUAUUGGUACAAUGAGAUUUUUGGAAUCAAUUGAUUUCUCUACCAACCAACUUCAUGGAAAUAUCCCUGAAGAGUUUGAAAAUGGAAGAUCAAGAGAUGGUAAUGAACAUGAAGUCGAUUGGUUCUAUGUAAGCAUGUCACUUGGGUUUGUGAUGGGGUUUUGGGGCAUAAUAGGUCCUCUAAUUGCAAGCAGAAGAUGGAGCAAUCCAGUGAAUUCUGAUGUCAAAGAGUUCACUGAAAUGAAAUGGGUCUAUUUUUGCCGGUUUCUUACAUGGUUACUGUCAUCUAUAUACCAGAAAAUUUACAGGGCUCGCCGCUUGAGCAUGCUCCACAGCCUUGUGCACAAUCAUGAGAUGACUGUGUACUUUUUUGCACAUGUUGAUGAUAUAUUGUUGAUUGGAACUAGUUCAAAGUAUAUUCAAGAAUUGGUUGCUGAUUUGAACAAAGAAUUUGCUAUGAUCAAGGGAGUUGGGGGUACCAUUGGAGCAUUGCAGUAUAUCACUUUAAUAAGACUUGAUGUGUCUUUUCCUGUUAACAAAUUGAGUCAGUUCUACUUGUUGAUUUUUAAUGGAGAUUUCUUCAUCACUACUCAGCUUCCGUGGAGAGCAUGCAAUGGACUUUUACGGGGUAUUAGGGGAACUCUUUCUCAUGGACUGGUGUUCAAACCAGCACCAUUGGUAAAAAUAGAAGCCUACUCUGAUGCGAACUGGGCAGGAGAUACUGGUGACAGACGAAGAACAAGUCGUUAUGGGCUUCUGGAGAAUUUACUGAAUGAGUUACAGGUGAAGCACAUGGAUCAAACAACAGUUGUAUGGUGUGAUAAUGUAAGUGCAGGGUUACUGGCAUCGAACUUUGGUUUACAUAGUCGAACAGAGCACAUAGACAUUCAUUUUAUAAGAAGUCAGGUUACAGCAGGAGUGAUUGCGGUACAAUAUGUAGCUUCUGAGUUUCAAAUUGCUGACACAAUUACCAAGCCACCAUCAGCAGUCUAG